AUGGCCACCGCAGCCUCCAAUCUGUACCUGGCUAGCAGCGCUAGCAGCACCAGCAGCAGGAGCGGGAUGCUGACAUCGCACUCCAUCGUCCACAGCGAGCCGCCCUCCGGGAUGCAGGCGGCGGCGGCGGCGGCAGCGGCGGCGGCGGCGGCAGCGGCGGCCGCCACUUUCCGGAGCCACCCUUCCAAGCUGCUGGCCGGGGACUACCUGCCGGCGCUAGCGGCGGGCAGCGGGCACCCCCUGUCGCACCAGUGGGUGACGGCGCUGCCCGAGGGCAGCGGCCCGUGGCCGGCGGCCGCCAUCCCCGCCGCCCCGCUGCCUCCUCAGCAGCAGGACUCCAAACCGGGCAGGGACGAGCUAGCGUCCCACCACCAUCACCCCCAUCACCAGCAGCAGCAGCAGCAGCACCAUCACCCCCACCAUCACCCCCACCAUCACCCCCACCACCCCCAGCAGCAGCAGCAGCAGCAGCAGAGUCAGCACCACUCGCCGCACUGGAGCGGCGCCGGCAGCGGCGGGGGCAGCGGCGGAGGCGGGGCACCGCCGCACCUCUACCCGCAGACCGCCGCCUUCCAGGUCAACGGCUUGCUGGAGCACAUGAGCCCGCCGCAGGGCCCGGCGGUGCACCCGGGGCUGAGGGAGGGCUCCGAGGCCGAGCUGAGCCAAGCCGCCCGCGGCUGCCUGGAGCCGCACUCGGACGAGGAGACGCCGACCUCGGACGAGCUGGAGCAGUUCGCCAAGCAGUUCAAGCAGCGGCGGAUCAAGCUGGGCUUCACACAGGCGGACGUGGGCCUGGCGCUGGGCACCCUGUACGGCAACGUGUUCUCGCAGACCACCAUCUGCAGGUUCGAGGCGCUGCAGCUCAGCUUCAAGAACAUGUGCAAGCUCAAGCCGCUGCUCAACAAGUGGCUGGAGGAGGCCGACUCCAGCACCGGCAGCCCCACCAGCAUCGACAAGAUCGCCGCCCAGGGCAGGAAGCGCAAGAAGCGCACCUCCAUCGAGGUGAGCGUCAAGGGGGCCCUGGAGACCCACUUCCUCAAGUGCCCCAAGCCGGCCGCCCAGGAGAUCUCCAGCCUGGCCGACAGCCUGCAGCUGGAGAAGGAGGUGGUCAGGGUCUGGUUCUGCAACCGGCGGCAGAAGGAGAAGAGGAUGACACCGCCCGGACUCCAUCAGCAAGACGAGAUAUUCGUCCACAGUAUGGACUCAGAGACCCCGACCCACCGCGACCUUUAACCGCCUUCCCUGCUCCGCUCAGCGCUGGCUGGGGGACUCACUUGAACCGAGAAAGGGAGAAGGGAGAUCUCUCACACCACCACCACCUCCCCCCCCCCCCCACCCCAUACACACUUUUAUAUCCCCUCUUCAACCCCCACCCCAACUUAACUUAUAUAUUGGACCGCCGCAACCAGGGUGACCAAGGUAGGACGUUUGACCAAACAAAAGAACACAAAAAAAAAGUUGUACAUCUUAAACAAGGGAAGUCUGCAAGCGGGCCAUGCCUCUCUCCAACUGAUGUCGUCUUUGGACCAUUCCCCACCGCCCCGUGCUGAAAGAAAUAGAGAAAGCGUCGAGGGGUCUGUCCACAAUUGUGGUUCAUUGUUUUUGUUUUCCUGUUCUGCCCCCCCCCUCUCCCCCCCCCCCCCCGGAAAAAUAAAGGAUUGCAGACCGACUGUGUGCCUAACACCUAUCAGCGCCUUGGUUCUCUCGGCUAUAUCAGGUGAAUCUGUUGCUAUCGCUGGCGUGUUUGCCCCCUUCCCCCUCUCUCUCUUUCUCUCUCUCUCUCCACCUCCCUCCCCACAACUUUUUUUCAUUUCCAUUACUGGUUAUAAAACAGCGGGAACCUGAUAUAAAAACGUGCAGUAUUGUAUUAUCUGUUGGAGUGGACUUGUGGUAAAUGCAACACACACACGGCUAGGCCUCAGAAUAUAGUUUGGCAACAGGACCGAUUUAAACAAACACACACACACACAAAUCGAAACAUUCGGCAGCUUAUUUCCAAAUGGCCCUAAAACAGCUCACGAGCCUUAGAAUGUCUUAGAAUGACUGAGUUGCCCUGGAUUUGAUUUCAGGGGAAUUUCCGUGAUUCUUCCGAGUUCAACGGAAACAAAAGACACAUCACAUUACCACUGCCGUGAAAACCGCUGGUCAAGAGAUAGAACUCUGGCAAAUAGCGUUUUAUUUUGUUCACACGCGAACCUGACUCUAAACAGAUCCAGACAUUUUGUCAGUUCAAACGCGUAGUUCAGUGGAGUUUCAGAGUGAGCUUUCA